AUGGAGGGGGCUCGACGGCCUUCCCUUCUCUUGCUCCUGUUGGUUUUACAGCCCGUAGGUUGCAAAGAAAUGGAAGUGGCCGGAAUUGCAGAGGAAUCGGUUCAGUUACAGCCAGUGAAGUUGCCGGAGCUGUGGGCAGAAAUCACCUGGAAGGUUACACUAGACUCAGCAGAGACGUAUCGGAUUGUAACAUUUAAUAAAAGGGAACCCCCUGACCUUGGGGCAGCCCCACAUUUUAUCAACAGAGUCACUUUCCACCCUGAGAAUCUCUCACUGCAGAUUGAUCCCUUUAAGAAGUCAGACAGUGGCCUCUAUACCUUGAGAAUUGACACUGGAGGAGGCCGUGAAGACAUCACAAAGUUCCGUGUCUCUGUGUUUGACCGAGUCUGGCAGCCAAACCUCACGGUGCUCUCUGCCCACCAGGAGCUAGGCCAGUGCAACGUUACCCUGUCCUGCUCGGUGCCUGGCGCUGACAGAGUCACCUACGGCUGGUCCCGAGGCACGUCCCGGAUCCCGUCUGACCGGGACCAUCAGCUCCCUGAGAAUCAAUCCCUGCUGCACGUAGUGAUUAACGCAAACAGCAGUGACAUCUUCUACCGAUGUAAUGCUAGUAACCGAGCCAGCUGGGCCACCAACACUGUAGCCGUCAAAUCAUUGUGCGACUCCCCAGCUACAGGUUUCGCGAGCAGCCCAGUGAGCUAUUGCCAGGUGAAGGGGAUUCUCCUGCUGCUGGUGCUGGGCGCCUUGGUCACAGCCAUCGUCAUGGUGCACGUCCUCACCCGGGACAAAGAGAGGCUGGAUUGA